GGAACAAACUAUGUCAACUGGAAAAAAAAUUUGGAUAUUGUGCUCACCUCUGAAGAGUACAAAUUUGUGUUGAUUGAAGUAUGCCCUGAAUUGCCUGAGGAGGGUGCCACUGAUGAGCAAAUCAGUGCUCACAAGAAGUGGAAGAAGGCUGAUGAAAUGGCUAGAUGCUACAUGUUAGCAUCAAUGUCAGACGUGUUGCAAACAGAACACCAGAAUAUGACAAGUGCCUAUGACAUCAUUUAUAGCCUAAAGGAGAUGUUUGGUGAUCAAGGUAGAGCCGCAAGGCAGACUGUCACGAAAACACUUCUAAACACCCAUAUGAAGGAAGGAGCCAAUGUAAGUGAGCACACUCUUAAGAUGAUGAGUCUUUUGAAUGAGCUCGAAGUACUUGGUGCUGAUAUUGAUGGUGAAAGCCAGAUCGAUAUCGUACUUCAAUCUCUUCCUGAUAGCUAUGAGAAUUUUCGGCUGAAUUAUAACAUGAACAAAAGGCUUUAUACCUUGUUGGAACUUCUCAAUGAGCUUAAAGGAGCAGAGAAAUUUCAACCUAAGCAAGCUAAGGUCAAUCUGAAUGAGAAAGGAUCUUCUGCUAAACCGAAAGGUAAAAAGAAGAAAAAGACUCAAAAGAAGAAUAAAUCAGUCGACUCCAAAGCAAGAGGAGGUUAUGAGUACUUCGUCACUUCGAUAGACGAUUACUCAAGCUAUAAGGCAGUUACAGAGAAGCGUUUAAGAAAGAGUAUCAAAACACUACGAUCUGAUCGUGGUGGCGAAUAUCUCUCAGGAGAGUUUAUGGAAUACUUAAACGCAGAAAGGAUUUCAUCCCAGCUGACUGCGCCAGGCACACCACAACAAAAUGGUGUGGUAGAAAGGUGGAAUAGGACUCUUAUGGAAAUGGGAACACUGGAAAGUUGGAAUCAAGAAUUGAAGUAUGUUUUUUCGCUGGAUACCCUUGAGGUACCAAAGGUGGUUUGUUUUAUAGUCCUAAGGAUCAGAAAGUCAUUGUUAGCACCAAUGCCUGAUUCCUAG